AUGUCAUUUUUUGGCUUUGAUCCUAAGGGAUCACCCGAUCAUCAGAAUGACUCGCAGAAUAAUAAGCACGACGGAAAAGUUGACAUUGACCGGUUCCAGAAUUUCGAGGAUCAGUUGAAUUCUGAUGAUGAAGAUGCUUUGAAUGAUGAAACCUUUGGCACCGAAAGCGGCAAAAUUGGUGCAGAUUUUGAUUUCAGCUCUGGAUUUGGAUCGAAACCUGCGUCUUCUUCUAAAGGUGGAUUGAAAGCUGCUUCUACUCCGGCUCGAAGUAGUAACAUCUCUUAUGCCCAGGCAGCCCAUACGACUGGCAGGGGAACCGAGAACUCUUCUCUUAAGCCUAUGGAAUCUUUGUGGAAUGAUCAGAAUCAGGGCAUUGCUGGUGCCUCUGCGCCGAUCAAUUCUCAGGAAAUUGGUAACACUGCCGAGCCUGAGAAGAAAGUGUUUUCUUUAGAGGAGAUUGAGGCUAAGCUGAGAGCCCAGCCUCCGAUUUCUCAGCCUCAAAUGGCCCCCCAGCAACAGCUUCCACCGGGAAUGAAUCCAUUCAUGCUUCCACCUCAGGCUCAGCAGCAGAUAUUGGCUUCUGCCGUCGCCUCUGGUAGAUUUCCAGACAUGCAAACUGCUGCUAGAGCCAUGAGUCAAAUGUUGAUGGCUCCCCCUCCUCCUAUGCAGCAGGGGAUGAUGCCUCCGCAAUUCAUGGGUUUCCCUCAGAUGCCAAUGCAACCAAUGCCAAUGCAUGUCCCCCCAAUUCCGCAAGGUCCACAGCUUCAGCAGGUCCAGCAGGCUCCACAACAGCCAAUUCGGACUGCUCCUCCGAUGCAGGCCACUUCCCAACCAUCACAGCCAAUUGAUGAGGCUCCUAUCCAUCGUGUUGAUCAAUCGGCUCGUGCACAAACUGCAGAGGAUAAGACCGACUCGAAUUCCUUCUCGUCCAUUGACGCUGUGCAAUCAGACGAAAAUCAGUCUCAGUCUACUCAAAAUUCUUCCUCUUUUUCAUCCCGUUCAUCGCCACCAUCUUCACAACAGCAGCAGUAUCAGAGACGUCCUCAGCAUCAACAGCAGUUUCAUCAGAGUGGAUUUCAAGGAUACAGAGGAGGAAACAACUAUAAGGGACAUCAUUUCUACAACCAGCAACAAAGACAGUAUCAACACCAACAGCAAAUGGAAAAUAUGUCACCAGAGGAAAGAGCCAAGUUUAUCUCUAGACAGGAGAAGGUUAAUAGAAUCACUCGAGCUUCUGGUUUCAUGAAUCCUCGUGAUAAGGACUUUGUUACCAGAUUCCAAUUGUCACAAAUUGUCACUGACGAUCCUUACAAUGAGGAUUUCUACUGUCAAGUUUAUAAGGUUCUUAACUCGUCAGUGGAGGAGAACAGUAUGAAUUCUUUAGCCAAAAAGUAUUUGGAGCAAUCAGGACAUCGUUUAGGUGGCCGUUCCAAGCGUGCAGAUAUUGCUUUGCAACGUAUGCAGCAACAAGUUUCGAGGGCAGUUUCUGUUGCUAAGGAAAGAGGCCAGAGAACAGGUAUAUUGAGUAAGGAAGGAGCUUUGGGCAAAGUUUCAUUUGCUACUGGUAGGCAGCCGAGACAAAUGUUGGUUGUAAACUCUGAAGAAACCGAGAAGACACAGGAGAUUGACGACGACAACCUUCUCCCUAAAGAGUAUAAGUUUUCAAAAUCUUCAAGAUCAUUCCAGCUUUCGAUUAUUGAGAAGGUUUAUUCUGAGGUGCUAAAAUCCGAGUCGAGAGAAAGAGAAAACGAAAAGUCUAGUGAUGCUGACCUUUGGAAAUCACUUCAUUUGAAUGACAAGAUGCAGACCUCAACAAACGAGAUGAUCGAUCCAUUUAUCUCCGUUCUCUCCUUUGAUAAAAUGAUGAAAGUGUUUGGUAGAGUGUUCCAUCUUUUAACGGCAGAACACCAAAUUGGAGUUGUGGAACUUAUUUUCUCCAACUUGCAGAAGAUUGAUGUGAUUUUGAAAGGAUCCUACAAAAACUAUGUGCAAGAGAACUAUCAAAUUCCAGAGGAGGUUAACAAUAAGAUUGGGCUUUUCCAGGUUACUAUUUUGAAGAGUUUGGUUUUGUACUUGAGUGAAUCUAAGUUUGCUCUUGUUAUACAUUUCCUUCAAUGUGUGGUUGAGAACAACAAUGUGUUGUUCCUCUCUACAGCCAAGAUAGGAUUAUCAUUGGUUACGGUACUCAUUUCUCGCUUGGAGUUGAUUAAGCAAGAAUACGCUAAGGACUUGAGUGCACAGGAUUUAUCUCAAUGGCAGCAGAUUUAUGAUAGUCUUUUCCAAUGUCUUGAGGGAAGAUUGGUUUCCGUUUUCCCACCUUAUUUCUCAAAUGAUGAGCAGAAAAUGGUGAGAAAUGACGAGUCAAAGGGCGACGAUUCUUACAUUUGGCAAUUUCUUGCCUCUCUUUCGUUGGCUGGACAACUCAGCCAUCAAAGAGUCAUUGUGGAUGAGGUGCGGAAUGAAAUAUUUGGAGCUAUGGGUGCUGCCAAGAAGUUGAAGGAGGAAGAGAAACAAGAAAGAGCCGAAAAGUACCUCAACAAUUUGAAUCUCUUCCUCAACGUGAUGGGAUUGAAGGCCAGUGAAAAUGACAUUACUGAGCUCUCGGAUAAUUAA